CCGACGGAUCCCGUGCGCGUGCUAAUGAGCGUGCGUUAACGCGCGGCGGGCCCGCGCCACAAACGAUAACGUCGCGUCGAAUAGCACCGAGUUCGGAACGUCGGACGUGACGGUCUCUGUCUCUCUCUCUCUCCCCUUCUCUUUCGAUCAUGGAGGACCCGACGGAGGCGCAGAAGUGGCAGCAUCAUCUGGCCCUGCUGCGGGAGCAAUACGUCAAUUUGUACAACUCGAACGCGGAGCUGCAACGGGAGUACGCCGUCGCCACGGCCGAGAAGCAGGAGGGCGGAUUUGCCGGCAGACUCCUGGCGACGGUGGCAUCCUUGUACUGUCAGCAUCGUUACAGUGAUAUAAGUAUAAAACUGACCGACCAAGAGAUACCGGCACACAAAUUCGUGCUGUCUGCCAGGACUGAUUUCUUCAGCGACGCGGCCCUUGUCGAAAAGACCGUUUUAGAUUGGAGCAAUUUAAGCAACGCCGUUGCGUUAGUGCUGCUGAAAUGGAUUUACACAGGCAAAGUGGCUCAGGAACACUUGACGUUGGAUUUGAUGAAAGCGGCGGCUGGUUUUCAGCUGUCCGAGUUGGUGGAUCAGUGCGAAAGGUAUCUGAUUGGGACGGUGGGAUUGAAGAAUUGUGUGGGAUUGUACUCGGCUGCCGAGGAACUGGGCACUCUGAAAUUGAAAGAGCAUUGCAGCUCCUUAAUUUCAGCACAUUGGGAAGAUCUGACGGGCGAGGACUUUAAGGAAAUGCCAGGUUCUCUGUUGUACAAGUUACUGCAAACCAAGAGUAAAUAUCCUUUGCACGCAGCGGUACGCUUGAUGCGCGAGGACGUCGUGUUUCUGUACUUGGUGGAACACAAUGCUGAGCUUCCGAAAGCAGUCAAUGCUGUGGAUCACAAAGGAGAAACGGCUCUAGAAGUUGCCCUGAAAACUCGCCAGCCGUCUCUGGCUCGCACCCUCGUGGAGCACGGAGCGGACCUGAGCGCGAAGGACGCGAGGGGUCUUUCUCUCCUUCAUUCGGCUAUCUUAAAGGGAGACUCCUACUCGUCCGAAUUCAUAAUCGAGCAGCUGGAGAACAAUGGCAGCGUGCAGAAGUUGUGCGAGGCUGUGAGAAUUAACGAGGGCGCGAAGAAUGCGGCUGACCUUAAGCAACUGGAAGGCUGCACUGCCUUGCAUCUAGUGGCGAAGCACAAUACGGAAAACAUGCUGGCGGUUGGAUCGAGAUUACUCCAAGCGGGAAUCGAUCCGAACUUGCAAGACCACAGGGGAUGGACUGCGCUUCACAGCUGUAUUUCGGAGAAAAACGAGAUGCUGUUCGAUCUGUUACUCGAGGCGAAGAAUAUAGAUGUAGAUCAAACUACGAACGAAGAUGACACACCGUUGUGUUUCGCGAUGAAGACGGAACCCUUCAACGAAUACUUCGCGUCGAAACUGUUAAUUAAGGGCGCUAUACCGAAUCCAACGUACGAUGCCACCGGGGACACGUUGCUCCAUAUCUUGACGCGAGAACGCAGAGAAGGAGCGGCGUUAUUCUUAGUGGAAAAUUCUAAUAACAAUUUAACGAAAACCAACAACGAAGGUUUCACGAUACUGCAUGAAGCGUGCAGGGUCGGCUUAAAAGAUCUGACUCCCGCUCUACUGAGAAACGGGCUGCCGACCGAUGUCGUUACCCUUUCCACUGGCGACGCGGCAAUUCAUUUCGCCAUUUCGAAUCUGUAUACUGACAUAGUCAUCGAACUGUUGGACGCUACAAGCUCGGAUUCGCAGCUAACUAUUAAGAAUAACGCGAAUGAGACACCUCUGAGCUUGGCUAUUAAAGCACCGUUCAAGAAGGGUAAAGAUAUCGUGUUGGCUGUGAUAAAAGCUGGAGCCGACGUGAAUGAGCGCAACGAAGAAGGCCUGACGUUGUUGCAUCAGGCGAUAUUGAAGGAGGAUUCGGCUACAGCGAUAUUUCUGUUAGAAAAUGGUGCUGACAUGAAUGCAAAAACAGCCAAUGGAGAAACGCCGUUACAACUAUGCGUACAUUGUAGACUGGGCGAAGUGGUGGAAGCUCUUUGCAGGCGAGGCGUAGAUACCUCAAUAGGAUGCCCGUUGUGGGACGCUUUGGACUCGGAUCAAGAAGAUACUGCGUCAAUCCUGGUUAAACACGGAGCGGACACCGAUUGUUGGGGUCCCGGCCCCGAUGGCUGUCAGCAAACGUUGUUACACAGAGCGAUCGACGAUAACAAAGAGGAUAUCGCACAGUUUCUGAUCAGAAGUGGAUGCGACUUGAAUGCUCCGAGACGACCUGGUCCAAACGGUGCUGGCGGAGACGAGGCAAGAGAUGAGUGCACGCCGUUACAUUUAUGUUGCCAAUGGGGACUCGAGCAAGUCGUUCAGACGCUCAUCGAGCAUGGAGCCGAUGUAAAUGCCCGCGACGCGGAGGGAAAAACACCUGUGCACGUGGCGAUACAGAAUCAGCAUACGCAGAUCAUUUCUCUUCUGCUGUAUCAUCCGAAUAUAGAUCUGAAUAAGAGAGACAAGAAGGGACUGACGCCUUUCGCAACCGCUCUGACAGUCCGCAACAACAAAGCUGCACAAGCGAUAUUAGAGAGAUUACCUAAGGCCGCCGAACAAUACGACAAUAAGGGCAGGAACUUCUUGCAUACUGCCAUACAGAAGGGUGACAUGGAGAGCAUUCUAUUUUUACUGUCGAUACAGGUAGACGUAAAUUCGAGAAUACACGACGUUACGCAAACGCCACCCUUACAUCUCGCAGGCAUGUCGGGAAACGAGAUGUUGGUGCGAAGUUUGAUUUUGGCGGGUGCUCGUGUCAACGAUACAGAUGCAAAUAGGAAUACCGCGCUGCAUGUGGCUGCCAAAGCGGGACACGCCACUGUCGUUUCCGCGUUGUUGCAAAACAACAUCAACUUUGACGCGGUAAACGCGGACGGUGACAACGCGUUGCACGUAGCUGUAAGAGAAGGCCAUGUAUCGGUAGUGCGGACGUUGUUGACCGAAUGUACAUUGGAUGCGGAAGCGGUGAAUCUCAAGGGUCGCAAUCCUUUACACGAAUUAGCUAGAUGCGCGAGGGACAACGCUGCGACGAUAUGCGACCUAUUUUUAGAAUGCAUGUCGCAAUAUCCAGUCAAUAACGCAGACUUGGAUGGGAACACGCCGUUGUUGAUCGCGUACAUGAAGGGCAAUGGCAAUCUUUGUAGAACGCUAGUGAAAGCCGGAGCGUGCCUAGGUUCGAUGAAUAAAGAUGGAAUUACGAUCUUCAACUAUCAAGUAGCGACGAAACAGCUGUUAUAUAGACUGUUGGACUCCCUGACGCAAGAAGCGCCGUGGUCCGACAAGGAUUGCUGCUUGGAGUGCGGAACAAAAUUCUCUCUCACAAUGCGCAAGCAUCAUUGCCGACACUGUGGACGAAUUUUGUGCAGCAAGUGUUCCGGUCAGGAUGUGCCGAUCUUGAAAUUUGGCUUGAACAAGCCGGUACGCGUAUGCAACGUAUGCUUCGACGUAUUGCUGGGCACCGGUUCUCUUCAACCGUCAUAGUUGAAAUAAGAAUUUAUAUACGACAACUGAUGAAAGGAAAGAUCAUUCCAAAAAUUUUUUUAUACGAAGAAAAGGCAGAUGUGAACUGAACCGAAAGUCUGUGUGUAGUUGUACGCCAUUGAUAUUUUAUGUAUCCUAUUGUAUACAUAUUGUUCAGAUUUGUUAAAACUAUCUCAUAGAGUUGAAAUACAGAUGAAGAGGAAA